AUGAGUCGCCGAUAUUCUACAGCCAGCCCCAAAGCCAGACUGCGUGCGAGCCGCAUUCUUGCACGAUCAACGACCCCCAUCGACUUCAAUGCUCCCCAAGUCUUGGCCGGAUACGAAUGGCAAUGCCAAGAGCAGUCUUGCCGCAUCGUCUUCUUUCUUACGCCCGUGGCACCUCACCCCAACUCGCGCAAACUUGAUCGCUCCAACGUGCUUCAAUGGGACGCCAGCCGCCUGCUCCGCUACGAGUCGGGCAAGCUCGUUGUCAACGCGGAGCCGCUCUUCGGCGCCGAGGCUGGUACCUGGGGCGCGGCCACUGCUAUCCUGGAUCGCACUGGGACGCCUGGCGACCGCCUGUUCGUCGAUAGCUAUGACUCCAAGGGCCUCCUUAAGUGGCUGUGGGACCUGGAUGACCGCCGCUACCGUGCCGGCUUGCCGAAUAUCUUUGACAUUCUCAGUCCCUUCAAGGGGAAGAAGCCGUCAGAGAACCUCCCUGAAGAGGGUGCCGACUUGUCCCAGUGA